CGUUGCAGAAAGCUGACUAAGCCGAUUAUUAUGUGGUUGGCUGUGUAUCUCGGGCAAAUUAGACUGUCCGAGUAAUUCUUUGACGCAACGAUGGCAACAAUUCUGCAAGCAAUUCGCCCUUUGCGUGCUGCUCGUUUUCUGCAAUCGGUGCGUUGGAACUCGAAUGAAGUUCCACUCAUCGAUCCUUCGCGUAUGAUUCAAAAGCCUGGCUUCCAACCAUCCACUCGCAAGUCGAAAGGUGCUACCCUCAGGCCCCACCUUGGCGUCGAGGUAGACCCGAACCAUGGCCUUUGGGCUUUUUUCAGGAAGAAGGAAGUCGACGGGGAGAUGCUGUAUGUGAGUCUUGAAGGAAGAGAUACAUUCCAAGAUGAUCCCGCGAGGUCAUGGAAAGCAGCGGAACUUCGGCGAAAGAGCUUCAAGGACUUGCAUACGCUUUGGUAUGUUCUCUUGCGAGAACGAAACCUCCUUGCUGCCCAGAGAGAGGAGGCGAGACGACUUGGUGUCAGCAAUCAUGAGAGUCUUGCUGGCAUUAAAAAGGAUCUUCAAUGUCGGAAAUCGAUGGCACGUAUAAAAUACGUCAUUAACGAGCGAAGACUACUUUACGAGAAGUAUACUGCUGAAUUGGAAGCUAAACGCCAGCUCCUGGCAUCCAAGCCGAAACCCACGACAGUUGGUGUUCAGUUAUCUCAGGAUCCAGAAAAUGUUCCUCGUACGCGUGCCGAGAGGCUGAAGGCACGGCGGACCAAGAGGUCGAGUACACCUAUUACUGUGUGAUGCGACGAGGAAGUUACGCCUAAGACCUUUUGUAUCAUACUCGUAGUUACCCCCAAUAUGGCUUUGACCAAGUCUACCAUCUCUUGCGAGGUUUGAUAUUUUAAUUUGGCUACUGUGAAGUUGUCCGUGAUCCGCGUUGGCUUUGCUCCCAAUCACUCAUGACUUGUGAUAUCUGGCAGUCUCUGACAGAGGGCUGCUCGUACAUCUCCAGUUGCCUUCUACCACGACGGAGAAGAUGCUCUAUAACUGUAACGUCG